GUCACACGAAAUGACAACUGAAAAUCAACCUGGCAUCACUGACAGCUAUUGUGUUAUGAGAAUUCUACGCAAGGAGCGACGGUGCAGAUAGCUGAAUUUCGUCGAAAGUCUCGAAGAACUCUACAGAGAUGUCGCUCAAGCCGCGCAGAAUAGCGUUCGACGAGGUCUGGAAGGAGCUGCGCGAAACGGUACAGCAGGUGAUCACCCUGCAAGACAUCAAGCGCGACGUUUGGAACAAUCGAUUUGUCGAUGUGUACGAGAUAUGUGUGGCCCAUCCGGAACCGUUGGCUGAUCGGUUGUAUUUGGAGACGAAAACGUUCCUAGAGAAUCACGUGCAAACGUUGCUGGAGGAGCGAGUGCUGAUCGGGGACAGUCAAAAUGCUUCCAACGAGCAAUCGGCCGGCACUGGGUCGUCGUCUGCAUCGCCAUAUCUGCUGCUGGAACGGUACUACGACGUGUGGAUGGAGUACAGCAGUGGUUCGCAGUACUUAAAUCAUCUCUAUCUGUAUCUCAAUCAACAGCACAUUAAAAAGCAAAAGCUGAACGAAGCGGAAGCCGUGUACGGUUGCAGCAACCAUGGUGAUAAUCAGGAAAAGAUGGAGAUCGGUGAGCUGACGCUCGAGAUCUGGAACCAGUACAUGAUACAGCGGCUGGGCAACGAGCUGGUCGACCAGAUACUGAGCGGUAUCAACGCGGAACGGGUGAACAAUUCCAGCGGACAGCACAACAAGAGCACGGAGGUUAUUCGGGGCGUGAUACAGAGCUUCGUGGCGGUGCAGGAGGACCGACGCAAGGGAUCGCUCAAGCUGUACCAGGAGCUGUUCGAGACGCGCAUGCUGGAGGAAAGUGGCCAGAACUUCCGCAUCGUCGCUAGUGAACUGUUGCAGGUGUGCAGCGUAAGUCAAUAUAUGGAAAGAAUAAUCAAAAAGUUUGAGGAAGAAGAGAAGCUGGCUAAAAUUUAUCUACAUGAAAGUUCCCUGCCGAAGUUGCGCAAGGUGUGCGAGGAGGAAAUGGUGACCAAGCACAUGAACUUCCUGUACUCCGAGUGCAAGGAGAUGGUAGCGACUGAGAAGAGCACUGAUCUGCGCAAUCUGUACAUCCUGCUCAAACCCGUUACGGACGGUUUGAAGCGACUGAUCGAGGUGUUCCUGGAGCACAUCAAGGAGCAGGGCAAGAAGACGAUUUCGUGCAUGAAAGGUGACUCGGUACACAUACAAUUUGUGGAAAACAUGCUGGACGUGCAUCGAAAGUACGAAGAGCUGAUCCACACGACGUUCAAGUCGGACCCGCUGUUUCUCGGUGCGCUCGAUAAGGCUUGUGCGCGUAUCAUCAACGAGAAGCACAGCAAUAAUCAGGUAUGCCGUAGCGCCGAGCUGGUCGCCAAAUACUGUGAUAGCUUGCUGAAGAAAUCGAAAACGACUGAAGGCGAAAUCGAUCAAAAGCUGACGCGCAGCAUCAUCAUCUUCAAGUACAUCGAGGAUAAAGACGUGUAUCAGAAAUUCUACAGCCGUAUGCUAGCAAAGCGAUUAAUUCACGAGCAGUCGCAAAGCAUGGAUGCGGAAGAAUUGAUGAUUAACAAGCUGAAGCAGGCGUGUGGUUACGAGUUCACCAACAAGCUGCACCGCAUGUUCACCGACAUUUCGGUGUCGACGGAUUUGAAUGCAAAAUUUAGCAAAUAUUUGAACGAUAACAAACACGAGACUGGUAUAAACUUUUCCGUCAAGGUGCUGCAGGCUGGUGCAUGGCCACUGGGACCAACGCAGGUGGUCGCCUCCUUCGCCAUACCGCAGGAGUUUGAAAAGUCCAUCCGCCUGUUCGAGGAGUUUUACCAUAUCAACUUUAGCGGGCGCAAGCUAACCUGGCUGCACCAUCUGUGCCACGGCGAGAUGAAGCUGUCGUUCGAAAAGCGCAACUACAUCGUCACGAUGCAGACGUACCAGAUGGCGAUACUGCUGAUGUUCGAAAACACGGACAAGUACACGUGCAAGGAGCUGCAGACGUCGCUGCAGCUGCAGCAGGAAAUAUUCCAACGGCACCUGCAGAGCCUGGUGGAGGCGAAAAUUUUGCUGCUCAACGAAGAGAAAAUGAAUGACGAUACGGAGGUUAGCAUUAACGUAAAUUAUAGCAACAAGCGUACUAAAUUCAAAAUCACCACCAAUCUGCAGAAGGAAACGCCGCAGGAGGUGGAGCACACGAUGAAUGCCGUCGAUGAGGACCGAAAGAUGUAUCUACAGGCAGCGAUCGUACGCAUCAUGAAGUCUCGAAAGGUGCUGCGGCACAACACCCUGAUUCAGGAGAUUCUUUCCCAAUCGAAAGUAAGUUUCGCACCAAACGUGUCCAUGAUCAAGAAGUGCAUCGAGUCGCUCAUCGACAAGCAGUACAUCGAACGAACGCCCAACUCCGGCGAUGAAUACAGCUACGUGGCAUAAGCUGUGUAACGUUCACGACUUCCUACAACCUCUCCACUCCCCCCCCCCCCCCUCCCCUCCAUCCACUUAAUGCGCACCACGGCGAGGGACCCCGACUAUAGACUAGAGCUGCAUGGAAAUUGUACGGAUUGUUAAACAAUACUCUUGAGGAAGCAGUCAGCCGCCUCCCAUAUUGUUGUGUGUGAGCCCAGGGCAGCUGCUCACGAAUUAGUUUUGAUCGCGCAGCGAUAGUAAUCCAUGUGCAAAAUCUUGGAGCAAGUAAUACAGUGAGGAAUCUGAAAAUUGAAAAUUUAAUUUAAAAUUGAACAGUGUCUUCUCUUACUAUGUGAUGGAGAGAAAAACAAGGAAGAACCGCGGAACACCAACAAUCAAUCACUCGCGGGACCAGCUGUAGGUUUCAUGAACAUUGAUUACGGCUUACGGCUGAGAAAAGUCGCUAUACAUCACCGCUGCUGAACGGAACAGCUAAUUAAUGGAACAGAUUGGGUUUUUGUUGGCAUGUGUGUGUGCGUGUGGGUAAAUCGUAAGUUUUUUUUUUUGUCGUUUUUGGUUUAUUCUCUUUGUGGUAAAAGAGAGGAGGAAAAAACGCGAUCGCGGACGUGUUUUGUGUUUUCGGGCGAUCUUGUUUUUUUGUGAAUCAUUCUUUUUUUUACUGUAAAUAUAAUCUUUUGUACGUGUUCAUGUUUUCUUUAAAGAAAAGCGACAAAGAAAAAAAAAGAAA